AUGGGGCAAAUAUUAGGCCAGGCAGAAUGCAACAAUUAUAUACUCGUUGUACAUAAGAUAAAUACAACAAAUUUAUAUGUAUGUGGAACAAAUGCAUUUCAUCCAGUUUGUCGUUACAUGGUAAUUGACAAUAUGAAAUUAAAGUUGUAUACAAGAGCUACAGACAGCAGAGGAAGAUGUCCAUAUGAACCAACUGUGAGUUAUGCCUCUUUAAUGGUUGAUGGUGCACUUUAUACAGCCACUUCAAAUAACUUCUUGGGUACAGAGCCAAUUAUAUUGAGGAGUUUCAGGAAUCCCUUAAGGACAGAAUAUAAAGCAUCUUGGCUUAAUGAACCCACUUUUAUUCAUAUGGAACUCAUACAGGAGAAUGAAGCAGUCUCUGACUCUGACAGAAUUUAUGUGUUCUUCACGGAAACUGCUACUGAGUUUGAGUUCUACGAUAAACUUCGGGUGUCACGAGUAGCUCAACUCUGCAAAGGUGAUCUUGGUGGAAAGCGAACAUUAAAAAAAAGAUGGACCUCAUUUUUAAAAUCUACCCUACUCUGCUCUGUUCCUGAACUGCAAUUUCAAUUUAAUAUCCUUCAGGAUAUCUUUGUAGUCAAGAAUUCAAACUGGCGGGAAACCAUAAUUUAUGGGAUUUUCACCCAACAAUGGUAA